AUGGGCCUCACACCAGUCCACUUCUUCUCGCACGGCUCAACAAUGAUGCUGGGCGAGGAGUCCUCAUCAGCGGAAUACUGGCGCAAAUGCGGCGCGGAAGCCCUGGCCCGGGGCAUCAAGGGCGUCGUGAUCAUGGGCGCGCACUGGGACACAACAGGCCCGGGCAUCGAAGUAUCCACGAACCCCACGCCCUCCAAAUCCCCCGUCGCCUACGUGCACCCCUCCAAAUACGCCUCGUACAAUCUAACGCCCGACCUCCCCACGAGCAAAAAGUGCAUCGCCCUGCUGGAAGCCGCCGGAAUCCCCGCCGUCGGCAACGACUCCUUCGACUGGAUCCACGACGUCUACCUCAUCCUCAUCCACAUGUUCCCGGACACCUCGCCGCCCACAACAAUCAUCUCCAUGAACGCCCACUACGACCCACACUACCACAUUUCCAUCGGAAGUGCGCUCCGCCCCCUGCGCGAGCAGAACUACCUCCUCAUCGGCACGGGCGGGGCCGUCCACAACCUCUACCGCAACCGGUGGGGCCCGAUGCUGCGGUUCCGGGAUAACUUUGCGCAGGAGACGCCGCCUGAGGACUGGGCGCUGGAGUUCCGGCAGGCUGUUGAGGACGUCAUCACCAAGAGCGCUGGUGGGCCCGGACUGAGGCGCGCGAUGAGUCGGCUGAUGAAGCACCCACGGUAUCGGGAUGCGCAUGGGACAGACGACCAUUUCAUGGCGGCGUUGUUUGUGGCGGGGCUGGUGGGGGAUUGGGGCGAUGUUGGGAUCAGGGCGAGGCUUGGGGCGGAGAGUUGGGAGUUGACGAAUAUGUGUAAUUCGCAGUUUACGUUUGGGGGGUGGAGUGCGGAUGAGAUGGGGGGGGAGUUGGUGGAGGUGUAG